CCAAAAGAUUCCUUCCUUUUAUCCACCCCGCUCUCUCUCUGAUCACGUGCCCCACGACAGGACCCCCACCUCUCUACAGCACCUGCCACUACAAAAACCUCGUCAAAAUAUUUUCACUUUCCCUGUUUUAACUCUGUUCAUAUGAGCACUUCACAAACCCACAAAUUCCUUCUUCUCUUUCAACUCUUUGGUUGAUCUCUCUCUACAUUCCACUAGAGUUCCUUACCUAUGGAGUGUCAAAAUGGAUUUUCCAAAUACCCAUUUCGAAACCCUGCAAAAACAGAGCCCAACCGGUGUCGAAUUUCGAACAAAAACAAGAACAGGAAGUGGAAAAACCCUCAAUCCACAUUCUUGAUCCUACUUCACCUACUGGUUUUGAUUGUCCGACCCAUCUCGACCCAAUCCGAUUGGGACGGCGUAGUCGUCACCCAAUCCGAUUACCAGUCCCUCCAAGCUUUCAAACACGAAUUGGUCGACACGAGAGGCUUCUUGAAGAGCUGGAACGACAGCGGGUACGGAGCUUGCUCGGGCGGCUGGGUGGGAAUCAAGUGUGCAAAGGGUCAGGUGAUAGUGAUCCAGCUCCCAUGGAAAGGGUUAGGCGGCCAAAUCUCCGAAAAAAUCGGACAGCUCCAGGCUCUCAGAAAGCUCAGUCUCCAUGACAACAUGAUUGGGGGUCCCAUCCCUACAGCUUUGGGGUUUCUUCCCAACCUCAGGGGAGUUCAGCUCUUCAACAAUCGGAUUUCGGGUACUAUCCCUCCUUCACUGGGGUCAUGUCCCCUGCUUCAAAACCUUGAUUUUAGUAACAACUUACUCACUGGUUCAAUCCCCUAUGGCCUUGCGAAUUCCACAAAGCUUUUAAGCCUUAAUCUUAGCUUCAAUUCAUUAUCUGGGUCAAUCCCAACUAGUCUCACUCAAUCACCUUCUCUGAUGUCCCUUUCUCUUCAGUACAACAACCUCUCUGGCUCAGUACCAGAUACUUGGGGUGGGAAUGGAACAAACAAGAAUGGUGUUUCUCCACUUGAGUCUUUGACACUUGAUCAUAACUUCUUUUCUGGAGGAAUUCCUCCUUCUUUAGGGAAGUUAGUUGAGCUCCAAGAGCUUUCCCUUGGUUCCAACCAAUUCAAUGGAACAAUCCCAGAUGGAAUUAGCAGCCUCUCUACGCUUAAAAGUCUAGACCUUUCUAGUAACGCUAUAAGUGGAAGCAUACCUUUGAGUCUCUCCGAUUUAUCCUCACUCACUGUCCUCAUCUUGAGGGAAAACCGACUCACCGAUCAAAUUCCGGCCACCAUUGGGAACAUUUCAACCCUCACUCAACUUGAUUUAGCUUAUAAUAAUCUAAGUGGGGAAAUCCCUGCUUCUCUUGGUGAUCUCCCACAUCUUGUUUUAUUCAAUGUUUCGUAUAACAACUUAUCUGGUCCUGUUCCAAUUACUCUGUCUCAAAAGUUCAAUUCAAGCUCCUUUGUGGGUAAUCUUCAGCUAUGUGGGUAUAGUGGUUCUAACCCAUGCCCUUCUCUAUCUCCUCCUCCAUCUACCACUUCUCCCUCUUCGGAAAACCCCAAGAAUCGAAAACUAAGUACCAAAGACAUUAUCCUCAUAGCAGCUGGGGCCCUGCUCAUAGUUCUACUGUUACUAUGUUGCAUUUUGAUCUGUUGCUUGCUCAGGAAAAGAGCUGAGGAAAAAGAAAGGGCUGGACCGGCCGCCAGCAGAGCAAGGGCGGAGAAGGGUAGUGCUCCAGCUGCAGGUGGUGAAGCGGAGGCCAGUGGGGAGGGCGGCGGAAAGCUUGUCCAUUUCGAUGGGCCUACCACUUUUACAGCCGACGAUCUUCUGUGUGCAACUGCAGAGAUAAUGGGGAAGAGCACAUAUGGGACUGUUUACAAGGCCACAUUGGAAGAUGGAAGCCAAGUUGCAGUGAAGAGAUUGAGAGAGAAGAUUACAAAAGCUCAGAGGGAGUUCGAAACUGAGGUUAAUCUGCUUGGUAAAGUCCGGCAUCCAAAUCUUUUGGCCUUGAGGGCUUAUUAUUUGGGUCCAAAAGGAGAGAAACUUCUUGUUUUCGACUACAUGGCUAAGGGGAGUCUUGCAUCUUUCCUCCAUGCUCGCGGCCCUGACACGCCUGUCAAUUGGCAAACAAGGAUGAAGAUUGCGCAAGGGACUGCCCGAGGGCUUCUUUAUCUUCACACCCAAGUGAACAUAAUCCAUGGAAACCUCACCUCAAGCAACGUCCUUCUUGAUGAUCACACGAACGUGAAAAUUGCAGAUUAUGGGCUUUCACGACUAAUGACACCUGCGGCCAAUUCCAACGUGAUAGCCACCGCAGGUGCACUGGGAUACCGUGCACCCGAGCUCUCCAAGCUCAAGAAAGCUAACACCAAGACUGAUGUAUACAGCCUUGGUGUCAUAAUUUUGGAACUUUUGACAGGGAAAUCCCCUGGUGAGGCGAUGAACGGUGUGGAUUUGCCGCAGUGGGUUGCCUCUAUAGUGAAAGAGGAGUGGACUAAUGAGGUGUUUGAUUUGGAGUUGAUGAGGGAUGCUUCUACAAUUGGUGAUGAGUUGUUGAAUACUUUGAAACUGGCUUUGCAUUGUGUUGAUCCCUCACCGUCGGCGCGGCCGGACGUUCAGCAGGUGCUCCAGCAACUGGACGAGAUUAGGCCGGAAAUUGCCACGAGUCCCGGCGAUGAUGGCGGUACAGCGCCUUCCACAAGUGAGUGAGAUUGGAGUAUUAGGAAUUUGGUGGUAGUAUUUUUAGGUGCUAGGAGGAGAGAUUACUCCCCUUAUUCUUUCAUUCUUGAAUUUUUGAUAUUGAGUGUUGUGUUGUUCUCGUUUAGUGCCCGUAAAUGAGUAACUUGUUUCUUUUUUCCUUAUAGAUGUUUUCAGUUUGUAUUAGAGAACAGUCUUGGAAUCUAAUUGAUUGAUGGUUAACUCUUUCUUGACGACCCCUUCUACAAAA